GUCAGGUCGAGGAGCCGGUCGGGUUCCCGCUCGCUGCCGCCACCGCCCCCCGCAGCGAUUCUCCCGCCUCGUCCACCGCGGGAGCAGCAUCGCCGACCCUGCUUUUCCGUGGAGUAGUCGGUCCCAGAGCAGUGAGGAGAACACGACACGCCGAGCUCCUCAUCACCUCUAGCCAAGGCGAACCCCCCGAGGUCCGCCCUUUCCCUGCGCGGCCCCCGGUGCCCCCGGCCCCGAACGGCCCCGCGUCCGCACCCCAGCCCUUCCACUCUCGCAGCCGCAGCCCCCCACCCUGAUCAUGGACUCCGACUCCUGCGCCGCCGCUUUCCACCCGGAGGAGUACUCUCCCAGCUACAAGAGGCGCAGGACUGUGGAGGAUUUCAACAAGUUCUGCACCUUUGUCCUGGCUUAUGCCGGCUACAUCCCUUAUCCGAAAGAGGAACUGCCUUUGCGGAGCAGCCCCAGCCCUGCCAACAGCACUGCGGGCACCAUUGAUAGUGAUGGUUGGGAUGCUGCUUUCACUGACAUCCCAUCGUCAGUGUCCCUUCCUGUUUCUGACCGCUGCUUCAGUCACCUGCAGCCCACCCUUUUACAGCGGGCCAAGCCCAGUAACUUCCUCUUGGACAGAAAGAAGACUGACAAGCUGAAGAAGAAGAAGAAGAGGAAGCGGAGGGAUAGUGAUGUGCCUGUCAAGGAAGGGUACAUGGGGAGCUUGCUGAAGCUAGAAGCUACUGACCCCUAUGUGGAGACCCCCACGAGCCCCACCCUGCAGGAUAUUCCCCAGGCCCCCAGCGACCCCAGCUCAGGCUGGGACUCUGACACGCCUUCCAGUGGCUCUUGUGCCACAGUGUCACCUGAUCAGGUCAAAGAAAUAAAGACUGAAGGCAAACGGACUAUCAUUCGACAGGGAAAGCAAGUGGUGUUCCGGGACGAGGACAGCACUGGCAACGAUGAGGAUAUCAUGGUGGAUUCGGAUGAUGAUUCCUGGGACCUUGUCACCUGCUUCUGUAUGAAGCCGUUUGCUGGCCGCCCCAUGAUCGAGUGUAAUGAAUGUCACACCUGGAUCCACCUAUCCUGUGCAAAAAUUCGGAAAUCCAAUGUUCCGGAAGUGUUUGUCUGCCAAAAGUGCCGGGACUCCAAGUUUGACAUCCGUCGUUCCAACCGUUCCCGAAUGGGCUCCCGAAAGCUGUUUCUGGACUGACUGCUGGCGUGUGAGGAGAUAGGAUGAGGAAUUGGAAAGGACUGUGGGCCUUUGGCCCCUUUCUUAGUUGAGCACAGAACUCUCAGCUCUGG